AUGACUUCUACUCAGUCAACUUCUUCUACUGUGCAGACACAAGUUAACACACAUAUUCAAUUCUCCAUAUGGCAAGCAUUUAAACGUCAUAUACCACGUGUUCUUGCAACUACUCUUGUUGAUAUCAUUUUUCCAUUUAUUAUUUAUUUUAUACUACAAAAAUAUGUUAAACCUGUUUAUGCAAUGAUAGUUGCUGGUACUCCACCUCUUUUUAUGGUACUUCUUAAAGCUAUCUUAACUCGAACAUUUGAUGCACUUGGUUUUCUUGUUGCUAUUGGUUUUAUUAUAUCAGGCAUUGUUGCUAUCAUAACACACAAUGCUAUCAUAAUUCUAUUAGAAAAGUCUCUUGUUACUGGGAUUGUUUCAAUUGUAUUUGCUAUAUCAUUGAUUCCAUUUAAUUGUUGUUGUCAUCAUCAUUAUCAUCUACGACCACUUGCCUAUUAUUUUUAUCAAGAUUUAAUUCCAACAAAUCGUGAACAAGUUGGAUUACCUGCAAAUCUCUUCAUUAAUAAUCAAGAAUCUACUCGAACCGGAGAAGAAGAAGAUCGUGAAUCUGAAGUUCUUAUACGUAAAAUAUCUGAUAGAGAAGAAAUUGGUCAAUUAUAUGAAUGGAUGUAUACAAAUUGUCCAUCAUUUCGCUUUUCAUGUUAUUUAAUAACAAGUACUUGGGGAGUCGGAUUUCUGGCAGAAUUUCUUGCUCGAUUGACUCUUAUUCUAGUCCAUUUAUCUGUUAAUAAAAUAGUUAUGUAUGGAAAUAUCAUACUUAGUGCACUAACAGUGAUAUGUAUUUUAUUAACAAUUAUUUGUGUUGUUAGAGAACGAAAACAAACAAUUAUAUCCAUCGGACGAUGGAAACAAGAGCAUUUUUAUGUACAAUAG